CUCAGGGCUAGGCGGUCCGGGUGCCGAGGGCGGUCCCUGAGGGGCGGGCGGGGCCCCACUGGCGCUCUGUGUGGCCGCGGCCAUGAAGCCGCAGCCGCCGGGCUAGGCCCCGGGCGGCUCUAGCCCAGGGCUGCCCGCGGGGCGCUGGGCCUGGCUCCCGGCUCCGGUUUCCGGGCCGGCAGGUGGCCGCUACCAUGCCCAGCAAGCACCAUCACUUCCAGGAACCCGAGGUCGGCUGCUGUGGGAAAUACUUCCUGUUUGGCUUCAACAUUGUCUUCUGGGUGCUGGGAGCCCUGUUCCUGGCUAUCGGCCUCUGGGCCUGGGGUGAGAAGGGCGUUCUCUCCAACAUCUCAGCGCUGACAGAUCUGGGAGGCCUUGACCCCGUGUGGCUGUUUAUGGUAGUUGGAGGCAUCAUGUCAGUGCUGGGCUUUGCUGGCUGCAUCGGGGCCCUCCGGGAGAACACCUUCCUGCUCAAGUUCGACUGGAUUCGAGACCAGCUCAACCUCUUUAUCAACAACAACGUCAAGGCCUACCGGGACGACAUUGACCUCCAGAACCUCAUUGACUUUGCUCAGGAAUACUGGUCUUGCUGCGGAGCCCGAGGCCCCAACGACUGGAACCUCAAUAUCUACUUCAACUGCACUGACUUGAACCCUAGCCGGGAACGCUGUGGGGUGCCCUUCUCCUGUUGCGUUAGGGACCCUGCGGAAGAUGUCCUCAACACCCAAUGUGGCUAUGACGUCCGGCUUAAACUGGAGCUGGAGCAGCAGGGCUUCAUCCACACCAAAGGCUGCGUGGGCCAGUUUGAGAAGUGGCUGCAGGACAACCUGAUUGUAGUGGCGGGGGUCUUCGUGGGCAUCGCCCUCCUCCAGAUCUUUGGCAUCUGCCUGGCCCAGAACCUCGUGAGUGACAUCAAAGCAGUGAAAGCCAACUGGAGCAAAUGGAAUGAUGACUUUGAAAACCACUGGCUUACGCCCACUAUUUCUGAGGUCCUGUCCACAGUGGGGCCUCAGCAGAACUCUCUGGUUGGGGCCCCUGGCCUGGCGCCACCCUGCCAACACGUUUUCUUUGGCCUGGGUGGUUUAUACCCUUGAGCCAACCUUUAGAAAUUGGUAGAUUUCACAUGAGUCCAGAUCCACAGCUUCUUUUGAAGAAUGACCACCUGGCUACGCUGGCUCUUCAGUGGCAAUACUACCUGGGACACUGCCUCUCCUGUCAUCAGGGGCCCCAGCUGGUCCGUUCUACUCACCUAAGUGCCGCCUGACCCUGGUACACUCGGAGUUGGCCUCUCUCGCCUCUGCGGGGUUAUUCCCUGUACCUCGAGGCCGCUGCGGGCUGACCAACACAGGAACCUGAAGGAGUGGGAGGCUGGACCCCGCUCUGAAGAGGGUGCAGCCUGGGAGGGGCGGCCUUGCUGGGGACUCUGGUGGGAGUAGAGUGCCCAGGAGAGGGUCUGAGGGGUGGGAUGGGGUCAGGACAACUUUGCAAAAGAAGUAGCUGGAAGCCAAGGGACUAGGGGGAGCCUGUUUGGGAGGUCUGGAUGGUUGACUCCUAGGAAUCAACUUUAGCAUCUUCGCCGUGGCUGCAGAGCUCCCUGAUGUGCACUAGAGGGCUCGCCGGCCCCAUACUCCCUGGGUCUGGCUUCCUCUUGCAACCUCUCACCAGUAGAGCCUAUGCCUGCCUACUAGCCCUUCCAGGUUCUGGGAGUUUGGGAACUUCUCAAGAGCCAACUGGCUCAGGCUUGGGAAGGCUGGCUGCUGCCCUCAGCUCCGCCUCAUCAGCUAUGCAAGGGGUAUGUGUGGAGUUACCCUGCCGCCCCCUCCCUGGGCUUGUCCAGAGAUCUCAACCUCGGAUGCCCCUGCAGCCACGUAGAUCAUAUAAGUGGAUGAAGCAGGCCCUGGAGUUGGGAGCCUGCUUCACUUUGACUUUCCCACUGUUGCUAGAGACAAAGACAUCGUGAUGAGAGAAAGUUCGCACAAUCUAGGGGAUAACUGCCGCCUGCCUUGAGAGCAAUAGAGUGUGGUGGGUCUCCAUCUGACGGUGGCCGCUGCCAUGUUCAGGUGUAGCUAAUUGCUCUGAUUGCUCUGAUGCGGGAAUGCAGGCCUAAUGCCAGAAAUCUGGAGAAGCCAGAAAUAAAGAUUUGUAUGUGAGGUGUCCUGAUUUUUAAAUUGUUGGCAGAAACUAAAUUAAUUCAGAAAUUAAAUCUGCAGGCCAAACAAGGUGCAGGGCCCAGCUUUGGCCCCAUGCCUACUAGGUCCCUCUAGGACAGUCACCACUGGGGCCCUGGCUGCUCUGCCAUUCAGGGAUGUUGGGCACUGCUGCCUGGUGGCCAGGGUGUGGGCUAUGCGCCCAGCGUUGUGGUUCCUUGGCCCUGUUGGACAGUGUCCUGGGCCCCUGACAGGCACUGGCUGUGAGUGGUUUAUACAUGCUACAAUAAAUGCAGCUCACCAUGUUGUG